AUGGAAGGAAAUGAAAUUAAGUCAGGCUGGGUAGAAAAGCGAUCACAAUACCUCAAGACCUGGCGACAAAGAUGGCUUGUUCUCUCCCCCUUAGUUCUCCAAACGUAUAAAAAUCCUGCAGAUCAAGACCAUUCUACAAUGAGUAUCGAGCUAUCUACCAUCGACGAAGCUGUUCCUUGUGAAUUUGAAAUGGCAAAAGAUCAUUGUUUCCGUAUAACUGUUCAGGACGCCCGAUACUUCAUUGCUGCUGACUCCGACAAAGAAAUGUGUUCUUGGCUAAACAUGAUUAACCAUGCUCGUCACGUCCAUUCUCCCCCUUUAUUCGCAAUCAAUUGUAUGCAAGAAAAAAAAGCGACAAGCGAGGUUUGCCUCAUAAGCACUUUUUCCAAAAUCAAAGAGCUGCUGCAGGAUCGAGAAGAAGAAAUUGUGAGCGAGCUGGAAGAAAGCCAAAGCAGUUAUAUUCAUAAGGUUGAACAAGAACUGGUCGACAUUACGAAACGACUGGAGAUUGAGGACGAGAGCUAUAAGAAUUUUCAAAUGAUUUAUCAAAGAGAUGACUCUUUGAUAAAUAAAAUCAGAAAAAUACAGGCAGGGAGAAGAGAUAGUUUGAGGUUUGGAGAAUUUGACAGCUUGAACUGCUCAACGUUGAAUGUGUCGAUCCAAGAAGAGUUAUUGAGAAAUUUGAUAAAUUUCAGCACAAAAGUCAGUUUGGUGAACCCACUGGAAGUGAGUGUGAGGAGGACUAAUAUUACGAGGGCACUGAAAUGAAGAUAUACAGGUGAAAGAAUAGAUACGUUAACUUUUAUGGCCAGCAGCGAUGUAAAGCUUACUGGGGUUGGUCUUUGUACUCCUUACAAGCAAGGAGGAGUGGUCACAGUAAAAGACUUCCAAGUCCUCAAAGGAAAAAGCACCAACUCCACCCCAGUCUACAAGAACCCGUCCAAGGUCCGAAUCACCUACGCCCCUGAAACCUCAGUCUCCAAAGUUCCCAUCAUCGGUGGGCUAAAAAUCAAAAAACUGACUUGGUACAGCGUUAUUUUUUGCAUAGAAGGUGAUCAUACCUAUAAAUGUGUGGAUUGCUCACAAAAAGUGGCAGGCCCUGGCGAAGUUGAGUGGGAAUUUGCAAACACAACGUUCCAUCAAAGCCACCAGAACAAUAGAUGCGACACUGUCUGUGGGCCAAUUGCUGACUUUUAUUAUAUGCAGCUACAAAGGAGUGACAUGUAA